AUGAGUUUCUGGGAGCGGCACAAGCACAACAUCUACAAGUACGGUCAUAUUUAUGCCACACUUUACGGCCUCAUGGUAAUCAAUUACAUACCACAGCGUCCAACCAACACCUUCACGCAUCGACUUGCCGUUAUUUAUGGCCACGCGCUGAGCGUUUGCCUCAUCGUUGUGCUGCCCAUUUAUUUUGCACGAAACAUUUCCGCACUGACUGACGCGCGCGACCAGCGUGGACAUCUGUUGCUGCUCGUGAACUUCGCGAACACACUGCUCAAAUACAUAACCGUUGUGGUAACUUAUGUCGCCAAUUUCGCACAUUACGCGGCUAUACGCGCCGUCACCAGAGUACGCCAGCAGUUGGAGGAUGACUUCGACCGCAGCCUACGCGCAAUGCCGGCUUACGACGACGAACGACCGCGACAACAAUUCGAAGCAAUGCUGCUCUUUAAGUUCGGCCUUAUCAACGCCAUGAUGGCCGUGCAGGUGGCGAACAUACUGUACCAGCAUUUUAACGGAGCACAUCCGGUGCGCGUACACAUCGCCGUGUACACUUUUGUGCUGUGGAACUAUACUGAAAAUAUGGCCGACUACUUCUACUUUAUCAACAGCAGCGCUUUGAAAUUCUACCAACAACUCAACCAACAGCUGCGACAAGUGCUGCGCGAGAACAAACUGUUGCAUUACUUUCGGCUGCGCGGUCAACGGCGCGGCACGAUUCCGCACUUGUGCGGCUUACUAUGCGACCGCCUGGAUACGCUGGCCCAGCGCUACCAGCAAAUAAAUCGACUCUACCAAGACAGCUUGACAAUGCAUCAAUUCCAGAUACUCGGUCUUGUCUUCAUUACGCUCAUCAGCAACCUCACCAACUCGUUCAUUCUCUUCAAUCUGUUCGUGAAGCAUUCAGAGGCGCGGGCGUCGCCGGCCAUUGUGCUGAACGCGCUGCAUGCCAUCAUCUUCUACGUGGACACCUACAUCGUGGCGCUGGUAAGUGAGAACAUCAGUCUGGAAUUGCGGAACAUUAAUCAAACCAUGCGUCAGUUCAAUCAAUUGGCCGCGCUAGAUGCGCGUCUACAGCAGACGCUGGAAGGCUUCGCGCUCUACGUGAUGAAUAACCGAGUUGAGGUUCGCAUCUGCGGUCUCUUUGUGCUGGACAGGAGCUUGACUUAUCUGACGGCAGCCGCUGCUUUGUCAUACUUCAUAACACUGGUGCAAUUCGAUUUGAACUUGACGUAA